UUGAGGGGGGCGAGCGGGGCGAGCGGGGAAGCGAGCUGCACGGGGGAAUCAUGACUUCUGCCGCAGAGAUUAAGAAGCCACCAGUGGCCCCCAAGCCAAAGUUUGUGGUUGCAAAUAAUAAGCCAGCUCCACCUCCUGUUGCACCUAAACCUGAGAUCGUGGUUUCCAGUGUUCCACAGGCAACAAAGAAAACCAAACCAGCAAUAGCUCCAAAACCAAAAGUUCUGAAGGCCUCACCAGUUCAAGACAUCAGGCAGUCACCAUCCGGGAAAAUCAUUGUGAACCUGGAAGAGCAUAAACAGGAAUUCCCUGAAAGCACUGACAACUCUAACUGCAAAAAUAGAAGGCACCAGGGCAGUGAUUAUAUUCUACCAAUGUGUUCCUGCCGUUCUCAGUGUAACCGUAAGCUUGGCCAUAGAGAGAAUGUGUGUGUCCAGCAGCUUGUUUUAGAGCCCCUGGAAAUGCAUGAAAAUUUAGAAAAUAAUAAAAUGGGUGCGUUUUCUUCAACUAUAAAAACUCAGCAUAAAUGUGAUUCUAAUGGUGGAAAGAUCAAGAGCCAGAGUGAAGUAGUUUUAAAGGCAAGCAUCCUGGAAGAGAAGCUCAAAGAUGUUUUAACACAACGAACAUCACCUUUUGUUUUCUCACAGAAGCACAGAUCCACAGACAGUCCAGAAAUGAGUGAUAGCUGUAAUUCCAACAGACAAUUCAGAAUUGAAUUUGCAGAUUUGUCACCUUCCUUGUCCAGCUUUGAAACAGUUUCUGAUCAUCACCAUUGCCACCUACAACUUCCUAGUGAUGAAUUUCAAAAUUUUGAAACUAAUCAGGAUAACAGUGGAAAAAGCAAUACUUGCUUUCGCUCAUCUGACCAAGAAGCCCUAGAAAAUGAUAAAAGGAGUACUUUUUUAUCUUCAGAUGGAGAUAGUAAGAAAUCAGAAGUCAAAGACCUUGGUCCCUUGGAAAUUCGCUUAGUACCAUACGCUCCCAAAUUUCCAGCUCCCAAGCCCAGAAAGACACAUGCUGCACGCCUGUUACGCCAAAGACAUAUAGAUACUCCUAGUGAAAGUACUGAAGAACCAGAGAAUGUAGACAGUAGCUCUCCUUGUCUUUUCGAAGAUAGUUUGAAAAACAAUAAAAUCAGUGUUUUUCAUCAGGAUGUUUUAUGUAACCAGGAACAGAUGGACAAAGUGAAGCCGGAAAAUAAAAGUGAAUUGAAUGUGGGCUUCAACGAUGACAGACAAAGCUUAAUCAAUUCACAAAAAGCUUUGUGUCCUGAAACAUCUUCCUUUGAAAAAAUGGUACUUCCUUUAGAGACAGACUCAGAUUUGAGUUCUGACAACAAGACAGGAGAUGGUUCUAGUAUGUCACUUGCUGUGGACAGAGGGACCAGUUUUAUAAGAUGCAGUACUCUCUCCAUGAGCCUGCCCAAGCAGCUCAAAUUAACCUGCAGCGAACAUUUGCCUUCUACUUGUAACUCGGAAGUGUCUACCCCUCAGCUGCAAAAGGAAUCUACGAUAAAAGAUGAAAGUUCCUCAAGAAUUGUCCCCAGAAAACCUCAAAGACACAGCUUGCCUGCUGCAGGAGUACUUAAAAAGGCUGCCUCAGAGGAGCUUGUGGAGAAAAGUUCUUAUCCCUCAAAUGAAGAAAAAAAUUCAGAGAAGGGUCUAGAAAGAAAUCACGUUCAGCAUUUAUGUGCCCCAAGCCAUGGUGUGUUGUCCUCCUUUGAUAUGCCUAAACGGGCUUCGGAGAAGCCAGUGUGGAAGUUACCUCAUCCUAUUAUACCUUUUUCAGGGAACCCAGAAUCCUUAAAGUCUGUCACCAUAUCCUCAAACAGUGAGCCUCCCACUGCCUUGACCAAGCCUAGAGCAAAAUCAUUAUCUGCUGUAGAUGUGGAAAGGUGCACUAAGCGUUGCAAAGACUCUCAAAAGAAGAACUCUCUAAAGAAGUUGCUCAACAUGAAGCUGUCCAUCUGUUUCAUGAAGAGUGACUUCCAGAAAUUUUGGUCCAAGAGUAGCCAGCUCGGAGACACAACCUCAGGCAGCCUUGUGGGUGGGGAGAGAAAAGGGAGUGAAAGUGAUUGGCAUGGCUUGUUGGUAGAAGAGAAGAGAAAUAAACCCAUCAAGGCAUAUUCGGCAGAUAACUAUAGCCUCGAAUCCCAAAAGAAGAGGAAGAAGUCGCGAGGCCAGAGCAGUGCAGCUAAUGGACCGAGAGCUGAGUCUUUGGAUGACCAAAUGCUCUCCAGGGAGUCAUCCUCGCAGGCACCUUGCAAAUCUGUUAUAAGCGGCUGUGCACCGGAGUAUGAAAAUAUACGCCAUUACGAGGAAAUACCAGAGUAUGAGAACUUGCCAUUUGUUGUGGCUGUGGGGAAAGCUCCAGAGUUGGAAUGGCAGAAUUCCAGCAGCAUGGAGGACACUGAUGCAAAUGUAUAUGAGGUAGAAGAGCCAUAUGAAGCUGGCCAGCUGCGACUUGAACCCAGGCAUCAGCAUUCCAGCAGUUCUGGAGCAUCCCAGGAGGGACACAAUGAUCUGGACCUUGGUCUUGGUGACCUUCCUUCAGAUGAAGAGGAAGUCAUCAACAGUUCUGAUGAAGAUGAUGUCAGCUCUGCUUCUAGUAAAGGGGAGCCUGACCUGCUGGAAGAUAAACAGGGUGAAGAUACUGGAAUGAGAAGUAAAGUCCAUCACAUUGCCAGGGAGAUCAUGAGCUCAGAGAAAGUGUUUGUGGAUGUGUUAAAACUUUUGCAUAUUGAUUUUCGGGAUGCAGUAGCCCAUGCUUCCAGGCAACUUGGGAAACCAGUGAUUGAGGACCGGAUCCUAAAUCAGAUCCUAUACUACUUGCCUCAGCUGUAUGAGCUCAAUCGGGAUCUCCUGAAGGAACUGGAGGAAAGAAUGUUGAACUGGACGGAACAACAAAGAAUUGCUGAUAUCUUUGUAAAGAAAGGACCAUAUCUAAAAAUGUAUUCCACAUACAUCAAAGAAUUUGAUAAGAAUAUAGCUUUGCUGGAUGAGCAGUGCAAGAAAAACCCAGGUUUUGCUGCUGUUGUUAGAGAAUUUGAGAUGAGCCCACGCUGUGCUAAUCUGGCCCUCAAGCACUACCUGCUCAAGCCGGUUCAGAGGAUCCCCCAGUACAGGCUGCUGCUAACAGAUUAUUUGAAAAAUCUCUUAGAAGGUUCUGGAGAUUACAGAGACACUCAAGAUGCCCUUGCUGUUGUUAUAGAGGUAGCCAACCACGCCAAUGACACCAUGAAGCAAGGAGACAACUUUCAGAAACUUAUGCAAAUUCAGUACAGCUUAAAUGGACACCAUGAAAUAGUUCAGCCUGGACGGGUUUUUCUCAAAGAAGGAAUUCUGAUGAAGCUAUCUCGGAAAGUCAUGCAGCCCCGAAUGUUUUUCCUGUUUAACGAUGCCCUGUUGUAUACAACACCGGUGCAGUCCGGGAUGUACAAACUGAACAACAUGCUCUCAUUGGCUGGAAUGAAGGUCAGAAAACCCACCCAAGAGGCAUAUCAGAAUGAACUAAAGAUUGAAAGUGUAGAACGUUCCUUCAUACUCUCAGCCAGUUCUGCCCCAGAAAGGGAUGAAUGGCUAGAAGCGAUUUCCAGGUCAAUAGAAGAGUAUGCCAAGAAAAGAAUCACAUUCUGUCCUAGUAGGAGUCUUGAUGAGGCCGACUCAGAAAAUAAAGAUGAAGUUAGUCCUCUUGGAUCCAAGGCUCCCAUCUGGGUUCCUGAUACCAGAGCCACGAUGUGUAUGAUCUGCACAAGUGAAUUUACUCUGACCUGGAGACGACAUCACUGCCGGGCCUGCGGAAAGAUUGUAUGCCAAGCUUGUUCAUCCAAUAAGUAUGGCUUAGAUUACCUGAAAAAUCAACCAGCAAGAGUAUGUGAACAUUGUUUCCAGGAACUGCAGAAAUUAGAUCACCAGCACUCUCCUAAGAUUGGAUCUCCCGGAAAUCACAAAUCUCCUUCAAGUGCCUUAUCAUCAGUCUUACAUAGUAUUCCAUCAGGGAGGAAACAGAAAAAAAUCCCAGCUGCUCUCAAAGAAGUAUCAGCGAACACAGAAGAUUCUUCUAUGAGUGGCUACUUAUACAGAUCAAAGGGCAAUAAAAAACCUUGGAAACAUUUGUGGUUUGUCAUAAAAAAUAAAGUGCUAUAUACAUAUGCUGCAAGUGAGGACGUGGCAGCUUUGGAGAGUCAACCUUUACUAGGAUUCACUGUCACUCAAGUCAAAGAUGAGAAUUCAGAGUCUAGAGUGUUUCAGUUACUACACAAAAACAUGUUAUUUUAUCUAUUCAAAGCAGAUGAUGCUCACUCGGCUCAGAAGUGGAUAGAAGCAUUUCAAGAAGGCACAAUUUUGUAGCUGUAUUUGUUUCAUCUCUUGUGUAAUUCCAGAAGGGUGGAAUUUCAUCAGAACAGAGUAAAUGCAGUACAAAAAUUUUAUAUAAGUGAACACUGUAAAGAUAAAUCCAACCAAAAUCUUCAUCAAAGAAAUGUAUUUUGUUAGGUAUGAGGUAAUUUUUUUUAAAUGUUUAUUUUUCAUGUAUGUUAUUUAUUAAAAUUUUGAUGUUUACUUAAUAGUCAGAGGUAUUUCUGAGACUCACACUGAAUUCUAAAGUACCUUUUCUUUAGAAACCAGAAAACUUAAUACUGUAUUAGCUGUUUUUUACACAGUCCAUACUGUUUUCCCAAUGUGUUUUACAAUGUUAUUUUGUAACAUUCUCACCAGUGGUAAGUCUUUGUAAAUAAAAAACACACAUCAAGGAGCAAAUUUCCAUGCAGUGUUUGGUUUGGAAAUUAUGAUUAUAUAACAACUGAUGAAAAAUGCAUGUCUUUAAAUUAAUAAAUUUAGAUGAAUUUUUGUAUCUUUUUUUUUUUUGGCACACGGGCUUAGUUGCUCCGUGGCAUGUGGGAUCUUCCUGGAGCAGGGAUCAAACCCAUGUACUCUGCAUUGGCAGGCGGAUUCUUAACCACUGCACCACCUAGGAAGCCCCGAAUUUUUGUAUCUUUUAAUGGAAAAACAAAUGGCCAAUUUCUACCUCAGUAACUGUGAAAUGAAAUUCCAGUAAAUUAUCUAAGUAUUUCUGCUGUUAUGUAUCUCUUUUGGCAUGAGACAAUGUUAUAUCAUUAGGAAUUAUAGCAAAAGGAUAAAAUCUGAAUUUUCAUUCAAUUUAACUAUGAGUAAAAAGACGGAUGUUUUCAUUUGCAGAGGAACACAAAUAAUCAACUGUAUUGCCUUUACAUUAAGUCUGAUCUUUUUUAAAAAACUACCAUUUCAACACAAACAUAAAUGUAUUAUUUCUUAAAAAAGCAAAAUAUGGCAAGCAGUAUGUUACAUAAUGUCCCUUGCUAUUGUAAGUGUUCUGAGCUCAAGUCAGUGGUGGUAUUUGUAUCUGAAAAGAAUGUGACAUUUUCUAUAAUAUUGUGAUUUUUAAAAUGAACUGGAAUUACCAUAUCGAAAACACAAAUUCGAAGCCAGUAUUAGCGGAAAUUGUAUAGUAAUCAUUUUUUAAAGGUUUUUUAAUACUGCUUUGUGUUACAUCCUCUCUUGUAAUUAAAAAAGGAUAUUUUUCUUUAACCAACUGUCAGCAUACCUCAUUAGGAAGUGUUUAUAUUCCUAAUUUUGGUUCACAUAUGAACUACUUUAUACGAGAGUGAGCCAGAAAUUAUCCUCACUCCAGUUAUAGUAAAACUUCUGUUGGCCACACUGUCUUAGCGCUUUCCGUUCAAGGCUCCUGUCUCCCCAGUCACUGCUGUGCAGGUGUGAAUGUGUUCCAUCAGUUCAUUUGUAACUGUGCUGGGAGCAAAAAUGGAUGCCCCACUUGUGAUUUGCAUGAAAGAAGAGCAGUGUGCAGUGAUUUGUUUUUUGUGGUCUGAGGGUGUACUUGGUGCUGUUAUUUAUCAAAGACUUUGUGCACAGUAUGGAGAAAGUGUUUUGUCACGAAGAAGUGUGUAUGAAUGGAUAGAGAUGUUCAAGGAAGGUCGCACAAGCGUUAGCCAUCAAGAAGGAGCUGGACGCCUGUUCACGGCAGAUGAUAACAUUGAGCGUACAUGUGAAAUGAUUCUGUUUUCUGGAAUUCUCAAGGGCCAGUAUUGGAACAUCAUGAAGAAAAAGUUCAGUAAUCAACAGUGCUCAUUACAGUGAGAUGCUUAUCGAAGAGCUGAAGCCUAAACUUCAGAUUAAACGCAGAGGACUGCUAUCCAAGGGCGUUGUGAUCUUGCAUGACGAUGCAUGUCUGCAGACUUCUGCCCACAUUGUUGACACUCUGCAAAAACUUCAUUUUGAGGUGUUAAAGCAUCCUCCCUAUAGUCCUGAUCUUGCUCCAUCAGACUUUCACCUGUUUGGUCCCCUGAAAGCAGCCCUACAAGGACGAAGAUUCACUUCUGAUGAAGAAGUGAAGACAGUGGUGCAUUCAUGGCUUACAGCUCAGCCUAAAACAUUUUUUAAUGAGGGAAUAUGAAAGUUUAUUGACAGAUGGACAAAGUAUAUUGAAAAGCAAGGAGAUUAUGUCAAAAAAUGAUGUAUUUGUCUUUUCUAGAAGUUAGUUAAAUUCUACAGCCAGAGUGUGGAUAAUUUUUGACUACCUCGUACAUAAAAUUGAUUUUAGCAGAAGUAAAAUGAAAUUAACACUAUGAUUAAAGUCAUUCCUAAUGUUCUUAAUAUACAUUUAUUGACUGAACUUAAACUAAAUAUAAAUUAUCUUAAAAGGCAAGAUUAUCCAGAGUAUUUCAUUAAAGGGCACAAGAAAUUUCCAUUCUGUUUUCAUAUAAAGGAUUUCCUAAUUCAAUAUUUUAUUUAUGAUUGCCAAGAGAAUUACUGAGUGCCUUCAGAAUGUUUGUUGCAGCACCAGGGUCUCUACUAGAUCUAGAGUUGGCUGCUGUAGUUUUCUGGCUAAUGCUUGCUGUGGAAUCAUUUUAAAUCCUCUUGGAACUUCACAUGCUGUCUCCCAAAUCUUUCUGUCCCUGUAGGUAAAUUAACACUUCUUUGCAGGUCAUUAAUUUUAACCAAGAUAACAUAAACAAGGCUUCCAUGUUAAAAUCCCUGCAGUUUUUAGUGUGACCUUUUUGGAGACCAAGAUUAUGCCUUAUGAAGUGUUUCCUUCUGCUUCAUUGGGACUAGCAUUUUGCAGAACAAGUUACCGGAGCUCCUCCCUCCUCCUCUUGAGCUCUCAACCUUCUGACUACAAGGUUUGCUUUAAUCAGAAUCUAAAAAUUAUCAGCCUAGGCUAUUCUGUCAACAGUUGGCCGAAUCAAGAACCAGUUAAAUAUUUAAAUACAAGAAACACUGUACAAACUUAAAGUAAUUCUCCUAAUUACAUGUGAAACUCAUGAAUGAUUAUGCUAGCUAUUGGUUUAGCUCCAUGGAGGGCUUCGAAAAAUAUAAAAUAUAGAGCCUUGAGUAAGCUAUCAGAUUACCCCCCCCAAGAUGUUUUAAAUGUGGAAUAGUAUUACGUUCCCUUUCCGCUUUAUCAAUCCUUCAUAACUUCACUGAAGCUGAUCAGCUAUUUAACCUUGCUCAUUCAGUGUCAAAGGAGAAACCUAAUUAUAUACAUUUUGUUGUAAAGCUGCUUUAAAAAAUCCUCUCUCGAUAGCUAACAUUUUAGCAAAAAAAAUGAUAUUGGAUGCAUUCUGUAAAUGAGGAGAAUGCAUAAAUAGUACUUAGAUCCCAAGAAUACUGUAUUUAUUACACUGAAUCAUGUGCUUCCAUCAAAUCCUUUUCACGUAUCUCCUUUUAUUCAUAAGGAGGAGAAAGAAGAGCAGUUAUAAAGUUAAGCCCAAAAGGAUGCUGAAAGAAACCUAAAUGAGAUGCCAGGUCAAACUAGGGGAAGGCUGGCCUUAGUGCUUGUCUCCAACCAGUGUUCCUCCUUUAUCUGUGGCAGCUGUAAAUGUAGAGGACCCACCAGAGUCUAGGAGAAUAAGAGAGGGUAUCUUUGGCAUCAUCCCAUAUUUCUGAACCUCUCUCCAACCUCUUUUCCCCUGUUCCCUAGUGUAGCCAGUAUCCUAUUGUCCUUUGCCCAAGAUACUUAAUUCUUGUUUAACUAAAACUUUGAUUCUUUGAGUAUAUAGUGGCAUUUCUUAAAAUGAGAUCAUCAGAGCAACCUUUGUUUAAUAUAAAGCUGUAAUGAAACAACUAAGUAAAGAAGACAGCUUUAAAGUAUAGUUUUGUUAGCCAAAGGUAUAUUUUAUAUUUGGUUGGUAGAAUAUAUCCAGAAAUAGAGAAAGCCUGCUAUUUCAUAAUUUAGUUAAAAUAUAAAUGUUAUCACAGCAUAUGUUGAUAUGUCUUAGAGUGUACUUUCAUUGUACUCAGGUUUUGAAAUUUGAGAUCCAUUUUAGUCAAAUAUCAUCACUGGGAGUUCCAGACAGAUAAAUCCUGUUUUUCUUAUUACACCACACACUCCUUGAAGACAGAUACUCUAUCUAAUAUAUCAGUUUCUCACAAAAUACCUAUCCUGUGUCUUUUAAGUGAAAACAUUUGCGGAAGAAAGUAAGAGCAGGAUUCUUGUCAUCUCAAGCUCAAAGUGCCCUCAUUAUAAUUCAGCUCCUAGUCCUGCUCUUGCCACCAUCCUUUCCACCACCGCAGGCCAUGUUUGCAAGUCCUUGCUGGACAUCGACAUCUUAAGCAUUUUAAACUUCACAUGCAUAAAACUCAACUCAAUUUCUUUUCAUUCAAAUCUGUGUCUUCUGCAAUGGAAAAACACCAUUCUAGGCUCCAGAAUCGGCCUCCAAGUCUCAACAGGACCCUCUACCAUUGCUUUUGUAUCCUUUCCAUCUUCAUUGCCUUUCUGUUAUUGCAUCUGCCCCAGCUCAAGGCCUUGUUACCUCUUCCCAGUGAUUGGCAUAACUUUUCUUCUAAUUCCAGUGCCUUCUUUGCAUGAUCCCAUUUUAAACACUACCAGAGCCAUCAUGUAAACCAUAGUUCUAAUCUAGUUUCAUCCCUGCUGUUUACAACCUUCAUUGGCUUCUGAGUUUCUUGGUGUGGAACACUUUUCCUCAGGUAUCAUACAUUGCAGCUAACCCCAACUCAACCUUUCUAUGUACACACCAUUUUGUUUUUCUGCAUCCUUUCCCCCACCUCCAUUUCUGCCUGUUUAUCUAAGACUUCUCUGUAACAGCUGAUCCUAGUUCUUCACUCCCUGUUCCUCCAGAUUAGAUCUAGUCUCUCCUUCCUCUGUGCUUCCAUAGCCUUUAGCUCCUAAACAAACUUUCUUAUGGUGCUUAUCACAUUCUGGCCUUGAGAACAGCAACUGUGUCUUGUUCAUUUGAGAUUCCUCCUUAGCACCUGGCAGAGUGUGCCUUGCAUGCACUGGACACUCAGUAUUUGUUUGGUGAAUUAAAUUAAUUCAAUGGAUCUCUCUCUCUCUCUCUCUCUCUCUCUCUCUCUCAUGCCCCUAAUACACAAAUAUCAUUCGGGAGCCUGUGUCACUUCUAAUGUUAUUUUCUAAUGGAAAUUUUCUAGUAGGAUUUUUGUUUUCAGAUAAAGAUAGUAGAAAAUUUUCAAAAAGCCACAGUAUCAAGGUCCCUCUUUGGGGGUGGGCAGGGCGUUCUUUUAUAUGAGUUGGUGAUAGCACAUUAAGAACCAAUCUUGAAAUACUGUUUUUUGUAAAAUGACAUAAAUUUAUAGAAACUUUUUACUUAAAGUGAUAAUAUAGUUUGUAUCUUAUUGUCCAUAUAGAC